AUGGCCAACCUAUGGCACGAUGGUCCACAUGCCCGACGGCGGUCGAAGCGUGUCUUCAUAGGUGUUGGGUUGAUGGUAAUUGCCUGUUUUGCUUUAUUCUUUGUGGUUCUCUUGAGGCAAUCAGGUGUUUUGCUGGAACCAAAUGCGUGGUUAUCUGCAACAUUAGGUUUUGGUGCCUCGAAGUCGGAACAUCUCGACGAUGCGUUUGCUUUACAUCCGGAGGAACACAUCUUUCGGGCGCCGCGAACAAUUCAAUUACACUGGAAUGUUACGAAAGAAAAGCAAAGACCAGACGGGGUGCUCAAAGAGGUUUACCUUAUCAAUGGUCAAUUUCCAGGGCCAACGAUAGAAGCAAGAUCGGGAGACACCAUCAAAGUUACAGUUGUCAAUGGAAUCGCAAACGAUACCGACAGUGGCCUUGCCAUUCACUGGCACGGCAUGAUCAUGAAAGGCUUCAACGAAAUGGACGGAGUUGUAGGCAUAACCCAAUGCACAAUCGACUCAGGCGCAACAUUCACCUACAUGUUUACCAUUCACAAAGAGCAGCACGGCACAUUUUGGUACCACGCACACUCUGCCGUCAAACGAGCAGAUGGCUUAUACGGCGGCCUCGUAGUGCACAAGCCAGUGGACGGCAAAAACGCUCAGCCCGACUCAUCCAUAUAUGAAUACGACAGUGAGAAAUUGUUGCUCAUCGGCGACUGGUAUCAUUCAACUGCGGACGUAGUAUUAGCUAGAUACAAAAGCUUUCGAAACUAUGCCUACGAGGUCAGUCAUCUCCCAUUUUCUGCCUGGGACGUCUAUCUAAUUGAGCCAAAAUCACAGCCUGCGCCAGAUUCCUUGUUAAUCAAUGGAGUCGGCUCUUAUAACUGCACCAAUGCACGUCCAGGACGACCGGUGGACUGCAAAGAGACAGACGCACCCACGUUUCAUGUUUCUGGUGACAAGGCGGUUAGAUUGCGGGUGGUUAAUACAGGAGCAUCAGCUGGCUAUUCGUUGGAACUUGAGAAGGCAAGCUUACGACUCAUCACCGUGGAUGGCGGUAGCACCGUGUCAAACUCUACGCCUCAGACUUCAGCAAUUGGUAUUCUUUAUCCCGGUCAACGGAUGGAUCUGCUAUUGCUUCCGGAGGGAGCUUCCAAGACUAGAAGGCAAUCGACUAAUGCCAUUAUCAGGGUUAUACUUGAUCUAGAACUCAUGCCAAUGAUGAAUCCGGCCCUCACCCGAAUACAAUCAUUCCCGUUACAGUGGACGCACUCCUCAACAGAGCAUAAGCGAAGCAAAGCCCGUGACAAAGUCAAAAUCUACAACAUGGCAAAAGCUGAAGGGUCCAUCAUCCCCGAAACCUCACCUCUUCACAAACAACCCGCCGAAACAGCCCUCCUCUACACAAGCCUCGGCAUCAAUUCCUACAAAAACGACGAACCAUGGGGCGAGCUCAACCGCACGUCAUGGGUGUGGAAAGAUCCCAAAGCCAAGCCCCUUCUGGCCAUGGACAAAAAGACAUGGGAAACGGGCACAGAGCAGGCAAACCAUCUUCGAACCUUUCGUGUGCCGCGAUAUGAAGCCGGUGAGGACCGGUGGCUAGACUUGGUGGUGAAUAAUAUUGAUGACAAGGGACAUCCGUUUCACUUGCAUGGCUACGAGUUCUACGUGAUUACCUCACAGCAAGACGAGUUGGGAAGGGCGUAUAAUCCGUUUGAAGGGGAACUGGACGCCAAGCUAGUGAAUACGAAAACGGCCCUGAAGAGAGAUACCGUGUAUAUCAAGCGACGAGGGUAUGUGGUCUUGCGAUUUCCGCUGCAUAAUGCUGGAUUGUGGCUCAUGCAUUGUCAUGUGCUUUGGCACCAGGCCGUGGGGAUGGGCGUGGUGUUGCAGGUUGGUGAUGUGUCGGGGGAGACGGCGCGGAAGGCUAUGCAGUCUUGUUCGUAG